UGUGAAAAAGAAAAACAUGAUAAGGUGUUACUGAUUCAAGAAAAUUACCUAGUACAUAUAAAUUCAUGGACAAAAUUUAACCAUUGCUUUAUUAGAUCGUUUCGGAUUCAUAAAUUACACGUGAUAGGAUCUCUUCAACGAUGUAUUCGAUGCGUAAAAUUUUGUUGUGCUUUUUGCUCUUCAAUACCUACGGUUUAUUUUUUUGCGGAGAAAAUUUCGUUUUUGCUUUUGAAGAACUGUUCUCGCCAGGUCUUGCCGUUCGCAGUGGCAUAAAAACUGCUAUCAAAGCUUCCUCUCAAUUACUCGGAUCUUGGAAACCAUUGACUAUUUUCACAGCCAUGGAUGAAACGAGCCUGGUUAAUCUAACGUCGAAAUCACUCGAUAUGCGAAUUCUUACUCCAAAAACUGUGGCAACCAUAACUGGAGGUGUUUUUGGCAAAGAUAAUUACGAAUUUCAUAAGUAUUCGAUGUUUUGGAAAAUUGGCUCGUGUGACUCGUGUAAUGAAACAAGCUUGGGAUCUCGGGUAUAUUUCUUCAAUUUGAAGUACCACACGUUUGAAAAAGCCUUAGAUCAUGAUGACGGGGUUAUUGUCUUGAACUUCCCAAUUGCAACUAAUGGUGAUUUUCCUAACCCAUUGUUUCAUGGAUUAUCCAAAGUGAUUGGAAACACACUUAAACGACCAGGAGAUUGUUCCAAAGUUCAUUGUGCAUUUACCUACCGAUGGUACGUGAAUUUUCCCCUCGAUAGUGUUUACACUUCUUAUAAAGCGGACUUUGACGAUGAAGAAUUUGGAAAAAAAUUCUGCGCUAGAGUUAUUAAUCUGCCUGCAGAUCCACAUUUGAAUUAUGUUUCGAAAGAACAGUUCAAACAAACGUUCGGCAAACUGAAGGAUAUUUCACAGGAAGCUGUGAGUGAUGAAUUCAUACAAGACGCAGGUUUGGCUAGGACGCCAGUCGAAAGACAUGCUGGAAUAUGUAUUUUGAAUCUUCCAGCAUGAUUGGUGUGAUUUAAAAAUAUGUUAAUGUUAACAUUAACGAUGAAUAAAAUGAAUUUUCUUGCUCUA